UGUUUGAAAACGUAGAUUGGUUGCUCGUGAUCCAGUCAUGUGAUGGAUUGGGCGAUGACGCUGUCGGCGCGUGACGUGACUUGAUCUGCAACGACUCAAGCUUUGAGGCAGCGGUUCUUCAAUUGUAUUGCAAAUGUAGCGUUUGAAGCACGUAGCCAAGCGUCAGUGAUGGCACACUUCGACCCACAAUUUGGUCGGCGCGGAAACAAGUGUAGCUUUUUUUUUUUACUGGCAAGCUCACUUGGUUCAUCUCGUACACGACGUCGGAUCCAGGCGCCUGGUGUUGAUCUGUGGCCGUCCACAAAGCAGUCAUGUCUUCAACAUCCCAAAAACAUAAAGACUUUGUGGUUGGGCCAAUAGGUGACAAGCCCGUGUCGGCUCUCGCAGGCAUCGGAGAGGUCCUUGGCGAAAGACUCGAGGACAAAGGUUUUGACAAGCCUUGUGUUGUUGUGAGCUGUAGCCGCGUCCACACAGCAAUCAUGUCUUCAACAUACCAAAAGCAUGAAGAGUUUCUGGCUGACCCAAGGAUCGGGGAAAAGCCUGUGACGGCUCUCCCGGGCAUCAGAGAGCUCCUCGGCAAAAGACUUGAGGAGAAAGGCGUACGCCGUCCUCGGAAAGUUUCUGAUGGUGGAUGAUGAGAAGCUAUUCGGGGACUGGCUGAAGGACACUUGUGGGGCAAAUUCUGAAGAACAGAAGGACUGCUUUCGCUGUCUGAAGGAAUUCUGCGAGGCCCACCUAUAAAGCAUUUGCUCUUUUUAUGUGUUGUCAUCUUUUCACGGCCGUGGACAUGAACUGAAAUGACGUUAAAAUGGAGGCAAAGGCGAAUGUUCUCGUUGCAAUUUCAUGUCAGUAAAGUUGAAGGUUUUGUUCCUCUUGUGAAACAUUUGCACGAUUGACUGAGGCCCACUGCAGACAGUUGACUGAAAGCGCUGGAUCACCUGAUCACGUCACGAACCAAUCAAAUCAAGUUUAGUGCCUUACAAGGACAUGAACCUUCCAGAUUAUUAUUAUUUUUUUUGGUAGCUUUAUUUGUGAAUGUUGUGGGGCUCUCGGUUAAUUAUUAUUGCAGUUGUCGUGAUGUAGAACUGCAAUGUAUGCCGAGAGGUCCUGAAUAACAUAAAUAUAUCGUAUUUGCUUAAAUAAAAAAAAAGAAUACACACAGCUUCCAGUUUGACACACACUACAUCACUGCAAACUACAAUAAUAAACACAUUGUUAAAUGAAUACAUAUACAAAUAUGGGAAGAGACCAGGGGGUGUCCAAAGUGCGGCCUGGGGGCUGUUUAGGGCCGGCACCACGGUUUUUUAUUGGCCCAGGGGAGAUAUUCUACACAUAAAAUUAAACAUGAAACAUUAUGAAGGAGGA